CGAAAAUGCCAUCCCAAAAUAUAUUGGCCCAAUUCGGUGCUUAAUUGACUUAAUCAUCGGUGCAAAAUAGGAUUAGUAGACUUUAUUAUCGGUGGAGAAUAGCCUCGAGCCGAAUCCAUAAUCUGUAGCCUCGAAAAUCGAAAGAAAAUGUCAUUUCGGAAAAAUCGCCCGAAAUCUGUGAUGGUACCCCUUUGGAGUCUUCCAAAAAUGGACCCGGAAGAAAUCCACCCAAAUUGGCCCUGGAUGGACUUAAUCGUCGUUGAAGAAUAGCCUCAGGCCGAAUCCACCAUCUUUAUCCUUCAAAAUCAAAGGAAAAUGAUUUUUCGAAAAAAUUGCUCAAAUGAUUACAAAAAUGCCAUCCCAAAAUAUAUUGGCCCAAUUCGGUGUUUAAUUGACUUAAUCAUCGGCGCAGAAUAGGAUCAAUAGAGUUUAUUAUCGGUGGAAAAUAUCCUCGAGCCGAAUCCGUGAUCUGUAGCCUCCAAAAUCGAAAGAAAAUGGCAUUUCCGAAAAAUCGCCCAAAAUCUGUGAUGGUACCCAUUUGGAGUCUGCCAAAAAUGGACCCGGAAGAAAUCCGCCCAAAUUGGCCCUGGAUGGACUUAAUCGUCGUUGAAGAAUAGCCUCAGGCCGAAUCCACCAUCUUUAUCCUUCAAAAUCCAAGGAAAAUAGCAUUUCGAAAAAAAUUGCUCAAAUAAUUACGAAAAUGUCAUCCCAAAAUAUAUGGGCCAAAUUCGGUGCUUAAUUGAAUUAAUCAUUGGCGCAGAAUAGGAUCAAUAGACUUUAUUAUCGGUGGAGAAUAUCCUCGAGCCGAAUCCGUGAUUUGUAGCCUCCAAAAUCGAAAGAAAAUGGCAUUUCGGAAAAAUCGCCCAAAAUCUGUGAUGGUACCCCUUUGGAGUCUGCCAAAAAUGGACCCGGAAGAAAUCCGCCCAAAUUGGCCCUGGAUGGACUUAAUCGCCGUUGAAGAAUAGCCUCAGGCCGAAUCCACCAUCUUUAUCCUUCAAAAUAUAAGGAAAAUGGUCUUUCGAAAAAAAUUGCUCAAAUAAUUACGAAAAUGCCAUCCCAAAAUAUAUUGGCCCGAUUCGGUGCUUAAUUGACUUAAUCAUCGGCGCAGAAUAGGAUCAAUAGACUUUAUUAUCGGUGGAGAAUAGCCUCGAGCCAAAUCCGUGAUCUUUAGCCUCCAAGAUCGAAAGAAAAUGGCAUUUCGAAAAAAUCGCCCGAAAUCUGUGAUGGUACCCCUUUGGAGUCUGCCAAAAAUAGACCGGGAAGAAAUCCAUUUCUUCCAACAAAAGUACCACAAUUCUGUUCAUCACGUUUUCAUGUAUCAAUUGAUAUCCCACAAAGACAAUUGCUAUUCACUAGGCAUAUAGAUGAGCAAACCUUACCAAUCAGACUGAGGUUGAGUCCACUUUCCGAAGCGGUUUUAUCACCAUCAAGGCAUACUCCACGCCACCAAAAUCCUAACCGUAUGUUGUCUGGUUUUCCAACAAUUGGAAUGUUUGCAUUAGUUAAUUGCAACAACAUGAAUCCAACCCCAUAAUCAUUGAAGACCAACUAAUGGAUUAACUUUGAAGCUUAUCUCACUUGAGCUAUGGGGGAGAAGUGGAAUUGAUAUUAUAUAAUUUUUUUACAAAAAAAAAACGACGAUAUCAUUGAAAAACUAAAUUGUUCAGUUUUUCAGGGGGAAAAGCGCAAAGUAUUAAAAACGUGAUGUGGGUUGUUUGAUCAACCUCUAGUUCGAUAUACUAUAAAGGUAGUUGACGAUAAUAAGAUGAUGACUUGUUUGGUGAUGAACGACGAGCUGGGUAGGAUUCAGUUAAUGUCUAUCAACUUGGGAAGCUGUACACAUAAACAAUUAAACAUGACACGACUAACCCAUUAAGAUGAGAUAGAUGAUCAUGAUGUUACUUAAUUGUCACAUAACAGCCAAGCGUGAAAUGGACAUCUAAUUGCAGUUACCUUCCGACGUAAUAUAAUCCGCCAUGAUUAAUACACUACCUUGCUUAACCACGAUCAAAAUACUAACCUUUUGUUGAAUAAAUACUAUCAUAAAAACCCAACCCCAUUGCAAAUCCACAACGGAUAACCAACAAUUGGGAUCAUACGUAAUGCUCUUGUCAUCAUGUUCCCUGCAGAAUUAGACCGUAGCCACUAACCAGUAGCUGCUUAGUUAGUUAAUUAAAAAAAGGAGAGUAAAUAAUUAGGUUAUGAUGUCAAGCAGAAGAAAAUUAGGCUUAAUUAAUCGGUUAGCUUUAGGCGUGUGUUCUUUCUCUCAUUUUCGCAAGAUUUGGGCCUCUGGAUCGAAAAUCCACGUGACUGGGCAGCUUGGGCCCGUGCCCAUAGAAGCAGUAUUGCGGGCCGUGCGCGUGUCACGAACUGCAUUUGGCGCUACUUCUCGUGCAUGCCAUGCGCUUUGCAUGAGCCUUUAAACAAUUGAACCAAUUGGUGUGAAAUCAAUUAAUCAAUAAACCCUAAUCUUGAUCAUAUUGUAAUGGCUGUUUAAUGAGAUUAAGACCGAGAGUGAUCAAUAAUAGAAUGGAAACAACAAAUAGUGGUAAAUGAGUUAACUACUCUAUUGUGUUUAAAUGGAUCCGAAUCGAUAAAAAUAUGAAAACAAUGAGUUUUGGAUUAUAUUUUUUUGGCAUUUUAAACAUCAACGAUAAAAACAUGAGACUGUACAUUUUAGUGUCGUGCGUGAUAUUUCAAAAAAGAUAUGUUCGUGAAACAUAUGAGACUGUACAUUUUAGUGUCGUGCGUGAUAUUUCAAAAAAGAUAUGUUCGUGUCGAUGAAUAUCUUCGAUCAUGUUAUAGGCCAACUUAGUCGUCAUUGAUAAUAUUGGUAAUCAUAUAUAUAUAAUUCGUCAUCAAAAUGCUUAAGUAUAGGCCAUAGGGUAUGCAUUAUGAUUUAUAUAUAGGGCUUCUUAAUGAUGAUGUUAGGCUUAUGGAUCCGCUAGAUCAGCAUAUAAUCUCUUUGAAAUGUUAGGAAUUGGGGCAUAUAUAUACAAAUUACAUUUAUUAUUCGUCAAAAUAUUUAUGUAUUAUUGUUGAGUGUACGUUUUUAUCUACAAUAUUGGAGAAGCAUCAGAAUCUUUCGUCAAGUUAAGAAGAAUAAUUUGGUAGUCAUCAAUUAUCCUAAACUUAUAUGUGCUAUAAGGAGUUAACACUAUUAAAAAUCAAUAUUAUUUUCAAAAGAUGCAUCUAUUAUCAAGAAUCAUUUCCCUUUUUAGAAAAAAAAAACCAGAUAAUUUAAUUCAAUAAUUACCGUUAAUUCAGAUCACUAAAUGGAACCAUGGGAGGGUCACGAAGAGGUCAACUACGGGAGUAUAACAGAACUCCUGAUUGAAGGUAACGUGAAAUUAUUAAAAAAGCAUCAAUGACAGAUAAUUAAUCUUCUAUAAAAACUUCUCAAGCAUCUCCCAAAUCCACAAUUAACUAGAAAACCCUGAAAUUAACAAACAAAUUUAAUUAAUUAAGAUCCAAAUAAGUACAAUUAAUAUACACACACUAGCUCAAAUCACAAUCAAUGCUUCCAUCAUAUUAAAAAAAAAGCGAGGGAACACAAAAUCUUAAACAAUAAUAAAACCAUGCAUCCUCUAUAUAUACUAGCUCAGCAAUUAGCAAACACAAUUAAUUAAGCUCUAGAUCAUCAUCAUAAACCAAGAAAAGAUGUUGGCAAUGUCAUCAACCUCAUCCUCCUCUCAUUAUCAACCCACUAAUCCAUUCUUAGCCACUAAUUUGGGAGGAGGAUCUUCUUCAUCACCAUGGCCAUUGCUGUUAGAAGAUCCUUUCCUAGUAACCACUAAUUACCAUCACCAACAUAGCCUUCUAGACACCCAUUUCGUCAAUUCUCCUCCUCCUCCACUUCCCUUCAUCGAUCUUCCACCGGAAUCUUUCGCCGGAGAAGAUGAACAAGUAGUGAAGAAGGACAGCAGCAGCAGCGGCGGCGGCACGGUGAUCACCACCAUGAAGAAGCUCAAUCACAACGCGAGCGAGCGGCACCGGAGGAAGAAGAUCAACACCCUCUAUUCCUCCCUUCGUUCCAUGCUUCCUCCCACCGAUCAUCAUCCCACCAAGAAAUUGAGCAUACCGAACACGGUGUCUCGAGUCCUGAAGUACAUACCAGAGCUACAGCAGCAAGUGGAAGCAUUGGAACGCAAGAAGAAGGAGUUGCUGUCGGCCAUAUCUAACGACAAGCAACUCGACAAUAAUAAGCAAGACGGCCAUGUCGAUCAAAGCCCUAAUAUUAUUCUUGGCGAUCAUCAUCAUCGCAAGAACCUCGAUACAACUAAGAAGAGCUUCACUUCUUCAUCUUCAUCAUCGUUAAUGUCUUCUUCAUCCACAGUGUCCACGAGCUGGCUGGGUGAACAGGAAGUCAUGGUACAGAUUUCCAUUGCCCAAAACGACAACAAGAGUAACGUCGUUCCACACAGGACGUUUCCUGUUUCAGAGGUCUUGUUGCAUCUCAAGGAAACCGGUCUUGUUCUGGUGAACUCUUCUUCCUUCGAGUCUUGUCGAGGGAGGGUCUUCUACAAUCUCCAUCUUCAGGUCGAAGGAACUCGUCGAGGAGUACUAGUAGGACUGGACAGUGAAGCUCUGAGCGAGAAGUUGUUGAACUUAUACGAACAAGCUACGGCUCGUUCCUCCUAAUGAUCAAGAGAUGAUAUGAUGUAUGUACGUGUUGCUUAUAAUUACACACAACACAAUCACACUUCAACUACGAGUUAGUUACAUAACUUAGUGAGACCGACUUUUUUCUCCCCCUCCGUUUUUCGUUGUAUGAGUGAUCCCUAUUAUAACUCAAAACAGAAGCUGGGACACGAGCGAGACUAAUUUUCACAAGUAGUGAUUGUGAGAAAUUGUCCAACGUGGAUCCAUACAGAUGCAUGAUUAAUUAGACUGGGUAAAUCGUUAUGAAUUAGUCGAUUGAGCGCGAUUGUAACUUGUGAUAUAAUAUCAAAAGUGAGAAACGAUGGUCAGUGUUAUGUGGCACAUCUUUUGUAUCGACGUGGACCUAUCGUGUAACUCAUGUGUCAAGAACCAAAAAAACACCAUUAUGCAAUGUUUAGUCCAUACAUACAAAUUGUAAAAUCCAACAAAAUUCAUUACCAAAUUGGACAACCAAACAACAAACUUGAUGAAGCCCAUAAUGAUUUUCAAAUUCUUCAUUUCAGGCCAAAAUCCUUUUUUUCAAAUUCAAAAAGCCAAACAACCCUUCAUAUAAAUUUAUGCGAGUUCCAACAUAAUAUCUAUACAAGGUGAAUGAUAUAUUUUAAUAUCGUGUUAAUUCUCAAAAUCCAAUCUAAUAAAUACACAUAAAUUCUGUAUUGUGCGAUUGCCAAACCGACACUUAGUAGAUAUAUGAUUUUGGCGACGACGGAUAGUUUCAGUCGAGGCACUCUAGAAUUCGUUUUUGGGCUUUUAAGGUAAGGUGCAUGUACUCUUAUCUUCACAAUGUGAACACGAGGAAGAUACCUAGUUAGCUAGGCUACUAUUGAACUUGACGUACGUAUGUGUUCCUUCACAAUACAACAUUUUAUUCAACCGAAUCCUUAAGCAUAACACUUUAACUAAUUAACAAGGCAUGAUCCACGCAACCUCAGAAUCCUUUGCUCUUGUCGUCCACAAAUGUUCCGACAAUGAGGAAUGUUUUGCAUUAGUUCCUUUCAACAACCUCCACUAUUCCAACCCCCAUAAGGAUUAAUUAACAUAAAUUCUAUUAACAAGACGAUUGAAGUUCGAACGUAUGUAUGACUUUCUUGAUCAUUUAAGGCUUUUCGAUAAAUUAUCACACACACAUAACACAAUUGGGUCAUUCCGAUUCUAUGACGCUAAAUAAUGAAUCAUUGCACGAUCUCUUAAUUACGAGUCGGGUCAUGCUCGCCUAGUUAGCAGAAAUCACUAUUUUUUUUGCCAAAUGGUGCAAUUAAUGCAAUGCAUCGCUAAUUUUUAAGCGUUAAUCCAAUAGGGUUGAAAAGGCACACCAAUAAUAACAUACAACUUGGUAUCUAUAUACUUUUGAUCUCUAACAAAUUAAUAACUGAUCAAGAAUCGGAACGAAGACAUACACAUUAUUACACAUUGCUCGCGUCAUUCGUACCGAAUUAGGUCCCAUAACGUAAUGGAGAGAAAAUGAGGUAUUUAGGGAGAAUAAAUUAAGUAGUUACUUAACUAUAAUGGUUUGUGUUUCUAAAUUUUUUUUUUUCAAUUUCGAAGAUUUGUUGUAGAUUUGGGACGAUGGAAGCAAAAGUCCACGUGUCACGGCAGCCCGGCACGUGCUCAUACCAUCAGUAAUUCGGCCACGCACGUGCCCCGCCAUGCACUUGGCGAAGAUCCUCGUGCAUGCCAUGCGCUAUGCACAAGCCCAUUAAACAAUUGAACAAGCUCUCUUUACAUUUGGGGGGCUAAAUGGUAUAAUUUAAAACCCUAAUUCUACCUUAGUUUAAUUGUAAUACUAACUAAUAAAUAAUCCAUCCUUGUCGAUUAUAUUGCUUAAAAUCAUACACUAACUAUUACAUUUAUGUUCUCUUUAUAAACAAUCAAAUACAUUUAGUGGUUGCGU